AGCUGGGCCCUGCCGCCCGGGAUGCUGAGGCGGCGGCCCCGCAGGCUGCCGGUCUAGCGCGCCCAGAGCCGGGCUCCUCGGCCGCCGCGCAGGCCGCACACCCUGUGCCCGCGCGCGAUGAGGCGCUGAAGCCGCCGGCCCCGAGGACGAGACAGCGGCCUGGCCGAGGGCGAGGGGCGCCGGCCUGCUUGAGGAGAGGGGCGGCGGGUGCAUGGCGCAGUAACGUCCCCUGCCGCGCUCCCCGCUCCCCGGCCCUGGGCCAGGCUGUCCGGCCACCACCUCUCCUACUCGACCGCCGCCGCCGCCACCAUGGCCAAUGACAGCGGCGGGCCUGGCGGACCGAGCCCGAGCGAGCGGGACCGGCAGUACUGUGAGCUGUGCGGGAAGAUGGAGAACCUGCUGCGCUGCGGCCGCUGCCGCAGCUCCUUCUACUGCUGCAAGGAGCACCAGCGCCAGGACUGGAAGAAGCACAAGCUCGUGUGCCAGGGCAGCGAGGGCGCCUCUGGCCACGGAGCAGGCCCGCACCAGCACCCCGGCCCUUCGCCGCCCGCCGCCGCGCCGCCGCCCAGGGCCGGUGGGGCCGGAGCCCGGGAGGCCAGGAAAGGAGCGGCGCGGCGGGACAGCGCCGCCGCCGCCAAGGCUUCGGGCCGGCCGGCCGCCGGAGAUGCGUCCAAGGCGAAGGCCAAGUGCGUGGCCAACCCUGCCGUGGCCGCGUCCCCGCCUCGCGCGAACCCCGGGCGCCUGGGCUCGGCGGCGGCCGAGGCGGAGCCCGGGAAGGAGGAGCCGCUGACCCGCCCGUCGCUGUACCAGGAGAAGGCGAACCUGUACCCGCCGAACCACACGCCCGGCGAGGGGCUGAGUGACGGCGGAGGCCUGCGGUGCAACGGGAAGACGAAGCCGCUGCCGGCGCUGAAGCUGGCGCUGGAGUACAUCGUGCCUUGCAUGAACAAGCACGGCAUCUGUGUCGUGGACGACUUCUUGGGCAAGGAGACGGGGCAGCAGAUCGGCGACGAGGUGCGCGCCCUGCACGACACCGGCAAGUUCACGGACGGCCAGCUGGUGAGCCAGAAGAGCGACUCGUCCAAGGACAUCCGAGGCGAUAAGAUCACCUGGAUCGAGGGCAAGGAGCCCGGCUGUGAAACCAUUGGGCUGCUGAUGAGCAGCAUGGACGACCUGAUCCGCCACUGUAACGGGAAGCUGGGCAACUACAAAAUCAAUGGCCGGACGAAAGCCAUGGUUGCUUGUUAUCCAGGCAAUGGAACAGGUUACGUGCGUCAUGUUGAUAAUCCAAAUGGAGAUGGAAGAUGUGUGACAUGUAUAUAUUAUCUUAAUAAAGACUGGGAUGCCAAGGUAAAUGGAGGUAUACUUCGAAUUUUUCCAGAAGGCAAAGCCCAGUUUGCUGAUAUUGAACCCAAAUUUGAUAGACUGCUGUUUUUCUGGUCUGACCGUCGCAACCCUCAUGAAGUACAACCAGCAUAUGCUACAAGGUACGCAAUAACUGUUUGGUAUUUUGAUGCAGAUGAGAGAGCACGAGCUAAAGUAAAAUAUCUAACAGGUGAAAAAGGAGUGAGGGUUGAACUCAAUAAACCUUCUGAUUCAAUCAGUAAAGAUGUCUUAUAGAGCCUCUCAUCCAGCAAUACCCUCAGUUCACUACAAUAAUUGUUGACACUGUUUGUUAACUUGUGAAUACAAAUAAAUGGGAUAAAGAAAAACAGACAACCAGUCGGCAUUUUAAUAAGGAAAAGAUACAACUGUUUUGUGUUGCAUCAACAGGAAGAUUUUGACUGCUGUGACUUUGUACUGCAUGAUCCACUCCGAAUCUGUGACUGCUUAUGGGAAGAAGAUAAGCUAUCAGUUGAAAAUGGUUUUUACAUCUGGACAUGAAAUAAGUGCCCUGUGCAAAAUUUUUUCAUUCUUCUAUUUUGUCUGAUCUGUCAUCUAGCUGAGUUCAUUUCAUCUCUCUCUUUUUUAUAUCAAGGUUUGAAUUUUGGGUAAUUUUUGUAUGAUUAGGUACAAUUUAUCAAAACUGAAUUGAGAAAAAAUUACAGUAUUAUUUCUCAAAACAGCAUCAAUCUAUUUUUGUAAACUUCUUCGUACUAUUAAAUUUUGCCCUCAAAGACCUCUCAAAGUGAUUGUUGCCAGUGACUGAUGAUUAAUUAAUUUUCUUUUCACUUAAAAUAAGAAAAGGAGCACUUUACCAAUGGGAACAUCAGAUGUUUUGUAGUGCUAUCUUGCUCUAAUUUGGAUUCUUAAGGAUUGCUGCUGUCAUGUUUUGACAUCCUUAAUAAUGAAGCCUCACAGUAAAACAGUCACCAUUUAUUACCAGUAACUUCAGUUCAUGUUUUAUAAGGAAAAAUACACUCUAAGAAGGGUUUAUCUUUUCAAGUUUUUUUUUUUUUUUUUUUUU